AGACGACGUUAUUGACCGGUUUCUGGGAAGAUUUGCCUACAAACCCUACGCCUGCUUUGUUUUAACUGGAGAGCAAGGCAAAAACCCUCUGCCAGAACAUCCUGUGAUGGACCCUCAGAAUACUGCUAUGUUAGGGCUGGCUUCUGGUUCUGAAGGGUUUUCCGGGAAAAGCCCCUCUGCCGUGGCAGCAGGAGGUCGGAGAGAGGUGGAACUCGAUGGUAGCACUAAGGAAGAAGAGGAGGAGGAGAAGAGGAGCUGCGAGGGGAACAGGGGUGGCGAGGUUGGGAAAGACGAGAGCCCAUUGGAUGCUCAGCAGCAGUUUUCUGUGAAGGAGACAAACUUUUCGGAAGGGAAUUUAAAACUGAAAAUUGGCCUCCAAGCGAAGAGAACUAAAAAGCCUCCCAAGAACCUGGAGAAUUAUGUCUGCCGACCUGCCAUAAAAACCACUAUCAAGCAGCCCAGGAGGGUGCAGAAAGUCGGGAAGAUGACCGAGGAGAAGAAGGACAUGGGUCCUGCGAAGCAAGACUUCUCAAAGCUUCACAAGAAAAGCGGAGAAACCACACCAGCUGUUGAAGGCUCCGCCGCAGAGGGCAGACUGAGGGAGAGCAGCCCGCUUUCAAAGAAGCUUUCGCCACUGCGUCCCGAAGCGACAGAUUAUGGGAAGUCAGCUGUUUCAACUCCUCUCGGUGGUCGCGAUCCAGAUUCGAAUGACCGGGCUCAGAUUAACGGAGCACCCACGGUAACGGAGAAGCUGGCUCAGCUCAUUGCAACAUGCCCUCCUUCCAAGUCUUCCAAAACGAAGCUGAAGAAGUCGCCCGUGGGCAUCGUCGCUUCUGGGUUUCUUAAAGACUCCGGAAAGAAACUGCCAGCACUUGGACCGGUCUCUGCUUCGGCCGGCAAGGACUUUGUGAAGAAUCACUCCGGUGGCGGCUGCGGCGGCAGCAUGAGGAUCCUUCUCGGAGGCAAGGAGUUUGCAAAGAAAGCCCCAGCGGUUUGUAGCGGGGCUGGGCUAAUCAGCAAGGAUCCCGGGGCCAAAAAGCAACCGGGGCUGUGCCCCAGCAUGGCUGGGCUGGUGAGCAAGGAGUGUGGGAAGAAACCGCCAGUCCUCCCCUCCCCAGUAGGAUCAGUCAGCAAAGAAAGCGGGAGGAAGCCCCCCGUGACUGGCAUGAUGGUUGGGCUGGGCAGCAAGGAGCCUGGGAAAAGGUUGAUGGGAGCCAGGAGUCCCGUCGGAUUGAUGAGCCAGGAGCCUGGGAAGAAGCUGCUAGGCGGCAUCAGCCCUCCUCCAGCCCUGGUGAACAAAGACUCGAUGAAAAAGCUUCCACCGCCCACCGCCGGUCCCAUCGGGGUAUUUAAUAAAGACUCUGGGAAGAAAUAUCCUGGAUCGGAUGGCCCAGUCGGAUUGGUUAGCAAGGAAUCUGGAAAGAAAAUGCCAGCUUUCGGUACACCAAGUGGAUUGGUUAGCAAAGACUCUGGAAGGAAGCCCUUGGGGACCAACGGGCUGGUCACAAAGGAUUCCGGGAAAAAGCCACCAGGGGUUGGGAUUUCAGCUGCUUUGACCGCUAAGGACUCCGGGAAGAAGCUGUCGGGGGCCAGCACUCUCUGCGGGUUGGCUAGCAAGGACUCGGGGGCUCUCAAAGCCGACCCGGCUCACCCUCCCUCAGAGACUUUCAGAAGGUGUUGCGGCGCAAACCUUGGGCAUCUCGAAAGUCCAGGACCUCCAAGCCUUGUGAAGGACAGUGGGGGUAAUAAAGCUUUUGAGAAGCAUGUAUCACGGCAGAGCAAAGACGGCAUGCCGGAAAAGCUUCCUGUUCAGAAAGAAUCCUCUAGUGGAGGCAGAGAAGGAGGCAGCCAUCAAGAAGGGGGCUCCUCCGCCAGUGAAAAAGGCACUUCUGAAGCACCUAAGCAUGACAGACAGCUGCCGGUGUAUUGCACUUCUCCUGACUUCAGGACCACGGGAGGUGCUUCUGACGUCUCUACAGCCAAAUCUCCCUUCAGUGCUGUAGGGGAGGGGGGCCUCCCUUCCCCCUCUCCCGCCGCGUCCAUCACGACUUUGACCCGUAGCCCCACAACCACCUUGGCUCAGUUAGCGUCCAGCCCUUCGCAUUUAAACCACACCCCCGAGCUCUUAGAAGGCAUUUCUGAGCAGAUCAGCAAAACCCCUUUCGCCUCUGACGGCGCCCGGUCCGCUACGAACAGGCUGCCGGGUCUCGGCUCCCAUCCUGUCCGUAAAGGGGUCGGGAGGGAAUUAAACGGUGCCAGCUCGGCCCACACGGAUGACCUGAAGCCGAACCCCGGCAUAGGCAAAAAACCCACCCCGGCCACGGAGUCCGGCGUUCGCACCACCGUGGCCCCUUCGGUGGUGAGCUUCUCCAGCUUCUUUAACAGCCAGCCCUUCCUCAAGAUCGGGGCCAUGACGGCACCGGGCCAGCCAUGCCAAGGCCUGGAGACCCUGAGCAGUCGUAGCGGCAGCCCCCAAACAAAGCCCUUAAAGAAAAGGAAAGGAAGGAAACCCCGCUGGACCAAGGUGGUCUCGAGGAGCGCCUGCCGGUCGCCCAAAGGUCUAGAGUUAGGGAGGCCCGAGCUGUUCAGAAGCAUGCCUUGCAGCGCCCUGUCCAACAGCGGCCUAGACCAGGCCAAGCUCUUUAAAAGCGCAGGCUCUCCUUCCUUUGCAGAACGCGAGUUCGUCAAGCAUCACUUGCCGAAACUAGGCAAAGCCAGCAGCUUGCCGCCUCUCGCCCUGCUCAGCGGCGUGGAGAAGGAGCCCAGUAAAUUUUAUAGCGCCCACGUGCAGGCUUCGGUCGAGUGCAUUUCCGAGGACUUGCUGUCGGACAUGUACAAGUCCAAAAGGGGCAGGCCGAAGCCCAAAGAGAUGCCCCACCUGGAAGGUCCCCCGAAGCGGACCCUAAAGAUCCCUGCUUCCAAGGUCUUUUCGGUGCAGUCGAAGGAGGAACAGGAGCCUCCCGUGCUGCAUCCGGAGGUGGAAAUCCCCUCUUUGCAGCAGAGUCUGGCCGAGGAGCAAGCUUUCCCAAAGAAGAGAGGCCGCCCGAAAAGACAGAUGAGGUCAGGGGUCAAGAUGAAGCCGCCCGUGCUCUCUGUGGCCCCUUUUGUCACCGCAGAAAGCCCGGAGAAGGUGGAAUCCGAGACCGACCAGCCUCAGAGCGGGGAUUUCUUCGAAGGAACCAACCCGCUCGAAGGCCCCGAGGAGGAGCUGGAGAAAACCGGCGUCGCGGACGACGACCUUGAGGUGGAGCCUGACCCCAAGGAGCCCCCCAAGCGCAGCAGCAACGGGCAGCUCAUGAAAACCAUCAUCCGGAAGAUCAACAAGAUGAAGACGAUAAAGCGGAAGAAGCUCCUGACUCAGAUCCUCUCGUCCGCCGCGCCGGAGCCAAAUAAAGGGAAAGUGCAAUCCAAGCUCCACACGACGGUAUCGACCCUCGCGGCCACGUUCGGCUCGAAACUAGGCCAGCAGAUCAACGUCAGCAAGAAAGGAACGAUUUACAUAGGAAAAAGGCGAGGGAGGAAGCCGAAAGCCCUCCUGAACGGCAUCUUGGCGGCCAGUUCUGCCAGCUUGACAAUGCUUGAGAAAUCGGCGGCGCAGACGACAGGAGCCUCCCUGGGUCAAGGGGUUCCCCCCGCGCUGCCUUCGGCCACCAGUAAUAAUAACCCUGACGUUCUUCCUUCUCCGGUCUGUUCCCAGUCUUCGGGCAUCAGCGGGGGGCAGAGCCCCAUCAGCAGCGAGAUGAGCUUUGUGGAGCCGAAUUCCGUGCCCUACCUCCACCUCCACCCCAGGCCGGGGAGUGUGGUUCAGACGCUGGCCAUGCGGAAGGCUUCUCGAGCCAGGAGGAGGCUCUCCCCUCCCACCCUCCUCCCCAAUUCCCCCUCUCACAUCAGCGAGCUCAGCUCCCUGAAGGAGGCCACCCCGUCGCCCAUCAGCGAGUCCCACAGCGACGAGACCAUCCCCAGCGACAGUGGGAUCGGGACGGACAACAACAGCACCUCCGACCGGGCGGAGAAGUUCUGCGGCCCGAAGAAGCGGCGCCACUCCUUCGACCACGUCUCCCUGGUGGCCCCCGAGGCCUCGGCCGUUCUGAGCGGCCUCAAGGAGAAGCACAAGCACAAAUGCAAACGCCGGAGCCACGACUACCUGGCCUACGACAAGAUGAAGCAGCGGAAGCGGAAGCGGAAGAAGAAGUACCCCCAGCUGCGGGGCAGGCAGGACCCCGACUUCCUGGCCGAACUGGAGGAGCUGAUCAGCCGCUUGAGCGAGAUCCGCAUCACCCACCGGAGCCACCACUUCAUCCCCCGGGACCUGCUGCCCACCAUUUUCCGCAUCAACUUCAACAGCUUCUACACCCACCCCACCUUCCCUUUGGAUCCUUUGCACUACAUCCGGAAGCCCGACUUGAAGAAGAAGAGGGGGCGCCCCCCUAAAAUGCGGGAGGCGAUGGCGGAGAUGCCUUUCAUGCACAGCCUCAGUUUCCCCCUUUCCAGCACUGGGUUUUACCCUUCCUACGGGAUGCCUUACUCCCCUUCUCCCCUUGCAGCCGCCCCCAUUGGCUUGGGCUAUUACGGCCGGUACCCUCCGACCAUCUACCCGCCUCCUCCCUCUCCGUCCUUCACGACCCCGCUGCCCCCUCCGUCGUACAUGCAUACCGGCCACCUGCUCCUCAACCCGGCCAAGUACCACAAGAAGAAGCAUAAGCUGCUCCGCCAGGAGGCGUUCCUCACGGCCAGCCGGGCCCCCCUCCUCUCCAUGAGCACCUACCACCCCAGUGUCCCGCCGGAGAUGGCGUACGGUUGGAUGCUGGAGCACAAGCACCGGCACCGCCACAAGCACCGGGAACACCGCUCUUCGGAGCCGCCGCAGGUUUCCCUCGACGCCUUGGCCUCCAACGGCCCUUCCCGGACCGUCUUGGAGUCCCUGAAGCGCUACCGGUUCGGGAAGGAAGCCGUGGCCGAGAGGUACAAGCAUAAGGAGAAGCACCGGUGUCACAUGACUUGCUCCCACCUGUCCCCUUCCAAAGGCCUGCUCGGCAGGGAGGAGCAGUGGGUCCGGAGGGAUCCGGCGGAGCCCGGCUCCCUCACCCUGGGGCUGCAGACCCCGUUGCAGAUCGACUGUUCGGACGCGCCUCCCAGCCUGCCGCUGGGGAGGUUCACGCCGAGCUCCGAGCCGGCCAGCAGCGACGAGCACACCAACCUGUUCACCAGCGCGAUCGGGAGCUGCCGAGCCACGGCCGGCUCCGUUAACGCCAGCGGACGUAAAAAAUUCUCCGACAGCUCUGGACUCUUCGGCCCGCAAGAAUCGUCCCUCGGCCGAGCUCUCCGGAAGGAGACGUUGCCCCCUGCAGAGAAGGCAGCGCCGUCCCUUUCGGGGACACCUCCCACCCAGGACAAGCCCUCCCAGAAACCCACCGAGAGCACAAGUGGCAGCCCUUCCAGGAAGAGGUCUUCGUCCGAAAGCACUUCGUCGACAGGAGUUGGGAUGCCAGCACGGACUGCAAGAUUAGGGGCCGGGGCGGAAGAUCCGGUGGAUAACCUCUUACAGCGCAUGGCUCAGCACGAAGGCCAGGGAGGACUGGACAAAACCUUAGAGACCGUCAUGGCGAACGCACCUGCGCCCGCUUCGGGGAGCCCCAGCCGGAGCCCCAGCCGGGAGAAGAGCAGUGGGCUCUUGAUUCCCAGGGACCUGUCCGGCGACGGCCUCUCCCUGCUCUCCGACCGCUUGUCCUGCACCUUUUCCGCUCAUCACCUCAAGAGGAGCAUGGUGGAAGCCAUGCAGUCCCAGGCAAGGAGGAUGUGCCAUUACGACAAGAUCUUGGCCACGAAGAAAAACCUGGACCACGUGAACAAAAUCCUCAAAGCCAAGAAGCUGCAGAGGCAGUCGCGAACCGGGAAUAACUUCGUCAAGCGCCGGCCGGGCAGGCCCAGGAAGUACCCCCUGCCUUCCGUCGUCUCGGCGCACGGCCUCCCGGUGAGCCGGUUUGUCAGCCAGGAACUUGAGAGCCUCGCCCCGAGCUGCUUGCCCCACCCGGGGCCUGACACCGUCACGGACGCCAUCGAAUCCGUGGUUCAGGGAGUGAACGUGAAGGGUUGGAAGCGGAAGAGGUGGCUUGAAGAGGAGCAGGCAAGGAAAAGGCAGAAACUCCUACCGGAUGAGGAACAGGAGAGCAAUAAAAGCUUUUCCGAGGUGCCCACGGAAUCUCCCGCUGCCGAGGAAGCGAUCGUGAAGCCCCACGAGGUGGAAACCCUGGAGCCGCCGCUGACCUCGCUGGUCCAGCGCGAGAAGAAAGCUCCACGCCCUCCAAAGAAAAAGUACCAGAAGGCAGGGCUGUACUCGGACGUCUACAAAACCACAGACCCCAAAAGCCGACUGAUCCAGUUAAAGAAGGAGAAGCUGGAGUACACCCCUGGCGAACACGAGUACGGCUUGUUCCCGGCGCCGAUUCAUGUGGGAAAAUACCUGCGCCAAAAGCGGAUCGACUUCCAGUUGCCUUAUGACAUUCUCUGGCAGUGGAAACACAAUCAGUUGUAUAAAAAGCCAGAUGUCCCGCUUUAUAAAAAAAUCCGUUCUAACGUUUACGUGGACGUAAAGCCCCUUUCCGGUUACGAGGCCACCACCUGCAACUGUAAGAAACCGGAGGACGUCAGCAAAAAGGGCUGCCUGGAUGACUGCCUGAACAGGAUGAUCUUUGCCGAGUGCUCCCCCAACACCUGCCCCUGCGGGGAGCAGUGCUGCAACCAGCGGAUCCAGAGGCACGAGUGGGUGCAGUGCCUGGAGCGCUUCCGGGCCGAGGAGAAGGGCUGGGGGAUCCGUACGAAGGAGCCCUUGAAGGCCGGGCAGUUCAUCAUUGAGUACCUGGGAGAAGUGGUCAGCGAGCAGGAGUUCAGGAACCGCAUGAUUGAGCAGUACCACAACCACAGCGACCACUACUGCCUCAACCUCGACAGCGGGAUGGUGAUCGACAGCUACCGGAUGGGCAACGAGGCCCGCUUCAUCAACCACAGCUGCAACCCAAACUGCGAGAUGCAGAAAUGGUCUGUCAACGGAGUCUACAGAAUUGGGCUGUACGCGCUGAAGGACAUGCCGGCUGGCACGGAGCUGACCUACGACUACAACUUCCACUCCUUCAAUGUAGAAAAGCAGCAACUCUGCAAAUGCGGCUUCGAGAGGUGCCGAGGGAUUAUUGGGGGCAAGAGCCAGCGGGUCAACGGCCUCCUGAGCAAAAGCAGCAGCCAGCCGGUCCUGGCGCAGAGGAGGCUGAGCCGGUCCAAAGAGAAGCGGAAAUCCAAGCACAAGCUGAAGAAGAGGAAGGGCCACGUCCCCGAGGAGUCCAGCGAAAGCUCAGGUACCCCGACGCGCCUGACUCCCCAGCUGCAGAUGAAGCCCAUGUCCAACAGGGAAAGAAAUUUUGUGCUCAAACAUCACGUCUUCCUGGUGCGGAACUGGGAGAAGAUCCGGCAGAAGCAAGAGGAAGUCAAACACACGAACGACGACCUCCACUCGGCCUCCUUAUACACCCGCUGGAAUGGGAUGUGUCGGGAUGACGGCAACAUUAAAUCCGAUGUCUUCAUGACGCAGUUCUCCGCCCUGCAGACCUCCCGCUCGGUUCGAACGCGGCGGCUCGCUGCCGCUGAAGAGAACCUUGAGGUGGCACGGGCGGCGCGCCUGGCUCAGAUCUUCAAGGAAAUCUGCGACGGCAUCAUCUCGUACAAAGAUUCCUCCAGACAAGCUCUUGCUGCUCCUUUGCUGAACCUCCCUCCAAAGAAAAAAAAUGCAGAUUACUAUGAGAAGAUCUCGGAUCCGCUCGACCUGGCCACCAUCGAGAAGCAGAUUUUGACGGGCUAUUACAAGACGGUGGAAGCCUUUGACGGCGACAUGCUGAAGGUCUUUCGCAACACGGAGAGAUACUACGGCCGGAAAUCUCCGAUCGGCCGGGACGUCUGCCGGCUACGGAAGGCCUAUUACAACGCCCGCCACGAGGCGUCUGCCCAGAUCGACGAGAUCGUGGGGGAGACGGCCAGCGAAGCCGACAGUAGCGAGACCUCCCUGGGCGAGAAGGAGAGCAGCCACGAGAAAGACGAGGACGUGAUCCGAUGCAUCUGCGGCUUGUACAAGGAUGAGGGGCUCAUGAUCCAGUGCGACAAGUGCAUGGUUUGGCAGCACUGUGACUGCAUGGGGGUGAACUCGGACGUCGAACACUACCUGUGUGAGCAGUGCGAACCUCGCAUGGUGGAUAGGGAGGUGCCGAUGAUCCCCCGACCUCAUUACGCCCAGCCCGGCUGCGUUUACUUCAUUUGUCUGUUACGAGACGAUCUGUUGCUGCGCCAAGGUGACUGUGUGUACCUGAUGAGGGACAGCCGAAGGACUCCGGAUGGCCACCCGGUCCGGCAGUCAUACCGCCUGCUCUCCCACAUCAACCGAGAGAGACUGGAUAUCUUCCGCAUUGAAAAGCUGUGGAAAAACGAGAAGGCCGAGCGGUUUGCCUUUGGCCACCACUACUUCCGUCCGCACGAAACGCACCACUCCCCCUCCCGGAAGUUCUACCACAACGAGCUGUUCCGGGUGCCGCUGUACGAAAUCAUCCCUCUGGAGGCCGUGGUGGGCACCUGUUGCGUGCUGGAUCUCUAUACCUAUUGCAAAGGACGGCCAAAGGGGGUGAAGGAACAGGACGUCUACAUCUGUGAUUAUCGCCUGGACAAGUCGGCCCACCUCUUCUACAAGAUCCACCGAAACCGCUAUCCGGUGUGCACCAAAUCUUACGCGUUCGACCAUUUCCCCAAAAGGCUGACGCCGAAAAGAGACUUCUCGCCUCAUUAUGUCCCAGACAAUUAUAAGAGGAACGGAGGCAGGUCGUCGUGGAAGUCCGACCGUACCAAGUCUCAAAGCAAAGACCUCGGCCCAGAGGAGGACCCCCUUCCACUCCUGGAGGAGCCCAUCCCCAGCCAAGAGCUGCCUCCCGGAGAGCUGGCGGCCAGCGGCCCGGAGGAGCCCGAGAGAGAGGCCUCGCCCCAGGACGGCGUCGGCGUCGUCGUCGAGGGGGACCCGAAGGCGGAGGAGAGCAGCCCGGCCCCGAGGCGGCCUUGCACCCCGGAGGAUCGGCGCCACAGGCAGCGAGAGAGGCUCAAUCAAAUCCUCCUCACGCUCCUCGAGAAAAUCCCAGGGAAAAACGCGAUUGACGUCACCUACCUGCUCGAGGAAGGCUCGGGGAGGAAGCUGCGGCGACGCACCCUGGCUCUCCCGGAGAGCAGCUUCAGGAAGUGACACCCUCCCGUGCGCGCGCUUGCCGCCCGCCCGCCCCACCCACCCAGGAAGAGGCUGCGGCCUGGAGAGUCCCGUGUGCGAGACUUAACAGAUGGACAAGACUUGGCCUCCCCACCCCUCCACUCCGCCUCCCCUUCUGCUUGGAGCCUCUGAACGGCGUGCGUCUGGGGGAGGCGCCCGGAGGGCAGGCGGAAACGGAUGCAAGAGUUCUGUAGCACUUAAGACGCGGACGUGACCGGGAGGCGAGCAGCCCCUCACCCCCAGGCAGUGCUCUUAACCGUGUGUGUAGUGUUGGGCGCGUGCGUGCCUUGUUUGUCCGUGUUAAGGUACUAAGGAAAACCUUGUGGUUCUUUGUCCAAGACGGUCACAAUUUUAAUUUAUUUUUCCCCCCCUCUUCUUCUUGCCCGAUCCCGAACAACUUUCUCUCUCUCUCUCCCCCCCACCUCCGUUCUGAUGUCCCUCUCGAAAGGAAGGGGGGGAAGAGAAGCCGGGGGGGUGUGCAGAGAAGUGCAGGCAGGUAAAUAAAUGGGCUUUGGGACUGCUGCCCUUCCACGGAAUCCCCCCCUUCCCCAGUACGCAUCGGUUCUCCUGCAGUGGGGUGCCGCAAAGGACCCCCAAGCAGGAGCUGGCUGGAGUGUGGGAGGGGGGAGAGAGAGCACGUAAUGGUGCGUGUCUGGUCUUUCGCUUGCGCAGGACAGAAGAGAGGACGAACGGCGCGCUUGGCGCACGGAAGGCCCGUCGGACGUAUUGCCGCCGGGAGUGCCCCGUCAUCGGGGGGGGGACACUUUGGCCGAAGCCGCUGGCUCCUAAAGCACUUGGGCGUCCUUUGCCUCUUGCAACACAGGGUGGGGAGGGAGGGUGAUGUUUAUGGGGUGGGGAUUCUUUUUUUGGUUUGUUUUUUUGCUGCAGAGAAACUCUAUAAAGCGAAUCCAGUCCCAACGCGCCCGAUGGGGUCCUUUUUUUUUUCUUCCCUCGUUCCUUUCUUCUAUCCCACCCCACCCCACACACACCUCCCUCCUCUUAUUUUUGUAAUAAGCUGUCGUUCUCGUGCGUCCCGUGUGUUGUGAAAAUGGAAAGACACCCAACCUUAACCCCGAAACCUGUCCCAAAAAA